UUAACCGUUUGAUACGAAUAAGAUCACUUGAAUUUAUUAUUUUGCUAGAAGACAUUUAUUAUUCCGAUAUAAAAUACGAUGUUGGGAUAUAUUAUCCCGGCCUAUUACUGUUCAGGAGUCCAAGGCUUUACGUAGUACGGAGCCCGAGCAGCUAGGCCCAUUUCGGCCCAUCCGGCCCACUUUAGCCAUUUGGGCCCACUCCGGCCCAUGCGGCCCAUUAGGGUGGAGAGCAUCCCCUUUCCCUAUUCUCUAUAAAUAUGGGAGUUUCCCUCCAUAUUAGGGAUCCCUUCCUUCUUCCUUCUUCCUUCUUCCUGUAGAAUAGCUCAAAUACUCCAUUAAUGGGAGCUUGUACAAUGUAACGGUGAGGAGAGUCCUAAUGAGAAAGAGGGGGCUUGGACAUUAGCCUAAAAAGUCCCGUGGUUUUCUCCCUUUCGGGUUUCCACGUAAAAACUGAGUGUUCAUACAUAUAUUUACUAUAUCGUGUUGGAUUAAACUCAACACUGGCGCCGUCUGUGGGAAUCUGUCCAAAAAGAUUCAUGUAUUCUGCUAUUCUUGAGUUUCUACGAGAAAAAUUCAUACGAAGCGGACUGAUUCCAGCAAAAAAGAAGAAGAAAAAUCCUGGAAUUUGGGGUCUGGGAGAUCCCAGAUUUGAAGCGGAAUCAACAGGAAUCACCGGGGCUAUCUGUGCUGCACCACGCACCUUAGGCCGGAGGUCGCUGCCCUUCGGAAACCAUCCUCCUCGAUUCCAGACCUCGCCGCAUCAACGGACGAGUUUCCACCUCCGUCCACCUGCGUCGACAUCUCAACCCCCGUCGGAGUACGCCCAGCGGCUGAAGCUGGCCCCCUCGCCGCCGCCGUAUCGUCCUUGUCGACCUCCUUGCUCCCCUAGCUUCACUACACCCAGGAGAAGGUCCGCCAUUAAUGGCUGCCAGGAGCUCCGGGGAUGGCAAAUCGCGAACCAACGCACCCAUAUGGCCUGAGGAAGCCUUGUGAGCGUUGCCGGAGUCCUAGCGACCCCACUCCCGGUCUAUCCCUCCGCCGUGGAUGCUGCCUGAGGAAGCUUGGCCGUCACCCCUAGGGAUAAAGCUACCUGGGACCUAUAGUAGCUAUCUGUAGCUAUCUGCUACCCUGUUGACUAUAGGGAUAGGCUACCAAAAUGCCAGCUUGCGGAUGGGAAGGAUGAAUAAUUGGGGGCCUUGGACAAUUUUGACUAGAUCAAAGUUAGCAACAUGGAACAACCGAACUCCUAUGGCGAACGUCCCCAUUAUUUUAAAAGCUAAGUGCCCACACUUUAAGUCGGUACAAUUAUUUAUUGAUGCUAUAGAGUAAUUUUCUUGCUAUUAGUUAAUCUGUUAUCAUCAUUAUUUAUGAGGGAUUAAAAUAUCCCGGAAUUAAAUAAUGUCGGGCAAACUCGAAUGAGUAAAGCUCUAGUGAUAAUGAGUUCACCGUCAUUUUAAUUAAUGAUGGGUUAUUGUGGGCCCGUUGGCCCGCUCGCGAUCGGCUUUAAUUAGUGAACGGAGCGUAUCUGAAUGACUUAUGGUAGGAUAAUACUAUUAUUACUACCCGUACAUCACUAUUAUUUAUUAGGGAUAAAAAUGUCCCGAAUUAAAUGAUGCGGAGCGAAGCUCUAGUGAUAGUUAGUUCGGCCAACAUUUUAUUAAAUGUUUAAUUGUUGGUGGGCCCGAUUAGCCCACUCUCGAUCGGCUUUGACUAGCGAUCUGAGCGUCUCCAGAGGGUAGUGCCCCGAUGACGCGUUUUGAUUUGGGGGGUUACGCAUUAGUCCGCACGGCACCGAGUGCUCGAGCAACGAUCGUACCCUAGUACCAUCUACGCCAUUAGGCGCAAAGUGACUAUUGCCGAACGUGGCCUAUGGGGCCCGAGGGCACCAAAGCACUCAACCUCGUUUUUCCGAGGGCAGUGCGACCAACUUGGGUCUGAGUGUGAAAACUCACAGACCGAUGAAUAUCUCUAUGUGACGUUCGGCGGGCUGCUAAUUGGCCCCGCCGCGAGCUGCUACGUCCAUUAACCCCGCACGAUGAGCCGGGCCGAGGGUCACGAUGACCCAUAGGCCGGUAAUCGUGGGUGUUAGAGAGAAGGCCAUGCAGAUGGUUAUGUGUGCAUAUUUAUUGUCGGGCCGUGCGGCCCGUUACCAUGCUUAUUGCGCAGUUGAAAUCACUCGACGCGCUCGAGUGAGAUGAUUAAAAGACGCUCGGCCCAAGUCUUGAAGACAUUCAGGGCCAGCUAAAGAGGAGACCAUCACGGCUGAGGACCGUGAGACGAGCAUCUCCACCCCAGAGACCGAUGGCCUAGGAGAGAACACCUAGAGGCCGAGGGUCUAGAGUGGACUACCACGGCGGAGGACCGUGAGACGAUCAUCCAUCAUUCAGAGGCUGAGGGCCUAGAGGAGACCAUCACGGCCGAGGGCCGUGAGACCAUCCUUACAUCAGGUCGGCCUCCCAUUGCCGACACUAUGAUAUCACGACCGGCCUCUCGGCACGGCGUGUGUUCCAUAUUUGAAGACCGGCCUCGUCCCCGCACUGCACGGAUGAGGACCGUUGCUUGUUUUCUCAUAUCGGCCUCUCAUUGCCGACACCGUUAUAUCACGACCAGCCUCCCGGCUCGGCGUUCUUUCCAUAUUUGAAGACCGGUUUCAUCCCCGCUCCUCGCGGAUGACGGCCGUUGCUUGUUUUCUCAGAUCGGCCUCUCAUUGUCGAUGUUAUUAUAUCACGACUGGCCUCCCGACACGGCGUGUUUAUCUUUGAAGACCGGCCUUGUCCCUGCCCCUCGCGGACGAGGACCAUUGCUUGAUUCUUUCAGGUCGGCCUCUUACUGCCGACACUAUCAUGUUAUGUUCGGCCUCCCGGCACGACAUAUUUAUCUUUUGAAGACCGGUUUCAUCCCCGCGCUGCGUGGAUGAGAGCCGUUGCUUGGAUAUAUCGGCUUGAUCGGACACUAUUGUCAUCUCCUUAUCAGGACCGACUGCUCAGCGACAUUAUGAUCAUUAUCGGCUCCCAAUGCCGACCUUCUUGAGUUAGCGAUCGGGCUCACCCCUCCCCUCCAGGAGGGUGACCAUCGCCAUCGCAUGACGACCAGCUAUUCCAUCGCCUCGUCAUUUUAUUCGUUUUUGUAUCCCACCACCAUUAUGUGUGACAUCACUUGUGGUCAUUCUUAGAACCGAUGAACGUAUUUUCCUCCCUCAAAAAAAAAAAACAAAAAAAGAAAAAAAAAAGAAAAAGAAAAAAAAGGAAAAAAAAAAAAAAUAAAAAAAAGAUGGGGAGAAGGGGAGAGAGAAGCUCCUAUGAGAGAGGGAGUCUUGACGAGGUAUGCCUGAUCUUCCUUCGCCGCGUAUGACGAACGUCUCCCGACGCGGAGGCUAGUAGGAACGUGGGGGGGGGGGCUAGACGUACCAAAGGGAACCUCGGCAAGAUAAACCAGUUCCUCCCAUGACCCGUGGUUCGACGAACACCUUCUGCCAGAGCAGAAGGCUAGUAGGGCCACGAGCAUGAGGCGACGAAGCAGGGAAUCCCGACGUGGAUAAACCGGUUCCUCCUUGCGAUCGUUGGAUGACCGAACGUCUUCUUCGAAGUAAGAAGAUUAGUAGGACCACGACAGGGACGAACGAAGAAUAGGGAAUCCCGACGUGGAUAAACCUGUUCCUCCUUGCGAUCGUUGGAUGACCGAACGUCUUCUUCGAAGUAAGAAGGUUAGUAGGACCACGACAGGGACGAACGAAGAAUAGGGAAUCCCGACGUGGAUAAACCUGUUCCUCCUUGCGAUCGUUGGAUGACCGAACGUCUUCUUCGAAGUAAGAAGGUUAGUAGGACCACGACAGGGACGAACGAAGAAUAGGGAAUCCCGACGUGGAUAAACCUGUUUCUUCUCAUAGUUGGGAUGACAAACGUCUCCUGCGGAACCAGGAGACCAGUACUCACGAGACUUGGGAAGAACGAAGAACCAGUUCUUUACCGGAGUCUGUUGCGUGCCGAGUGUACACCGCUUAGCGGUCCGUACAUAGGACCACGGAUACGGUAGACGAACGAAGACCAGCCCCAUGGGUCAGACACGCAGGACCAGUUCUCCACCGGAGUCUGUUGCGUACCGAGUGUACACCGCUUAGCGGUCCGUACAUAGGACCACGGAUACGGUAGACGAACGACGAUUAGCUCCCCAGAUCAGGUAGGAGGGACAUCGCCCGGAUUUAUUUCAGGCUCACCAUUCCUUCCCGGAUGGAGUCCUGGCAGACGAUCGGCUUCUCACAGCCAAUCAGGAGAGAUUUGACACAUCACCAGCACGGCCGAGGGCCGCGAGAGGCCGAGGGCCAUGAGAUGAUCAUCACUAUUUUUAUGCAUCACGAUCGGCCCCUCAGCGCCAUCGUGUUCUGAUUCACGGUUCGGAUCGCCCAUUCCCUUCCAGGGUGGCGACGAACGUCUUAUGCAUCACGAUCGGCCCCUCAGCGCCAUCGUGUCCUGAUUCACGGUACGGAUCGCCCAUUUCCCUCCAGGAUGGCGACGACCGUCUUAUGCAGUACGAUCGGCCCCUCAGCGCCAUCGUACCCAGCUCACGUUCGGCUCGUCCAUCCCUUCCAGGGUGGCGACGAACGUCUUAUGCAUCACGAUCGGCCCCUCAGCGCCAUCGUGUCCAGAUUCACGGUUCGGAUCGCCCAUUUCCCUCCAGGAUGGCGACGACCGUCUUAUGCAGUACGAUCGGCCCCUCAGCGCCAUCGUACCCAGCUCACGUUCGGCUCGUCCAUCCCUUCCAGGGUGGCGACGAACGUCUUAUGCAUCACGAUCGGCCCCCUCAGCGCCAUCGUGUCCUGAUUCACGGUUCGGAUCGCCCAUUUCCCUCCAGGAUGGCGACGACCGUCUUAUGCAGUACGAUCGGCCCCUCAGCGCCAUCGUACCAGCUCAUGUUCGGCUCGUCCAUCCCUUCCAGGGUGGCGACGAACGUCUUAUGCGUCACGAUCGGCCCCUCAGCGCCAUCGUGUCCAGAUUCACGGUUCGGAUCGCCCAUUUCCCUCCAGGAUGGCGACGACCGUCUUAUGCAGUACGAUCGGCCCCUCAGCGCCAUCGUACCCAGCUCACGUUCGGCUCGUCCAUCCCUUCCAGGGUGGCGAUGAACGUCUUAUGCAUCACGAUCGGCCCCUCAGCGCCAUCGUGUCCUGAUUCACGGUUCGGAUCGCCCAUUUCCCUCCAGGAUGGCGACGACCGUCUUAUGCAGUACGAUCGGCCCCUCAGCGCCAUCGUACCCAGCUCACGUUCGGCUCGUCCAUCCCUUCCAGGGUGGCGAUGAACGUCUUAUGCAUCACGAUCGGCCCCUCAGCGCCAUCAUGUCCUGAUUCACGGUUCGGAUCGCCCAUUUCCCUCCAGGAUGGCGACGACCGUCUUAUGCAGUACGAUCGGCCCCUCAGCGCCAUCGUACCCAGCUCACGUUCGGAUCGUCCAUCCCUUCCAGGGUGGCGACGAACGUCUUAUGCAUCACGAUCGGCCCCUCAGCGCCAUCGUGUCCAGAUUCACGGUUCGGAUCGCCCAUUCCCUCCAGGAUGGCGACGACCAUCUUAUGCAGUACGAUCGGCCCCUCAGCGCCAUCGUACCCAGCUCAUGUUCGGCUCGUCCAUCCCUUCCAGGGUGGCGACGAACGUCUUAUGCAUCACGAUCGGCCCCUCAGCGCCAUCGUGUCCUGAUUCACGGUUCGGAUCGCCCAUUCCCUCCAGGAUGGCGACGACCGUCUUAUGCAGUACGAUCGGCCCCUCAGCGCCAUCAUACCCAGCUCACGUUCAGCUCGUCCAUCCCUUCCAGGGUGGCGACGAACGUCUUAUGCAUCACGAUCGGCCCCUCAGCGCCAUCGUGUCCUGAUUCACGGUUCGGAUCGCCCAUUCCCUCCAGGAUGGCGACGACCGUCUUAUGCAGUACGAUCGGCCCCUCAGCGCCAUCGUACCCAGCUCACGUUCGGAUCGCCCAUUCCUUCCAGGGGUGGCGACGAACGUCUUAUGCAGCACGAUCAGCGCCUCUGUGCCAUCGUGUCUGGCUCAUGUUCGGCUCGCCCAUCCCUUCCAGGAUGGCGACGAACAUCUCUUAUGCAGCACGAUCAGCGCCUCUGUGCCAUCGUGUCUGUCUCAUGUUCGGCUCGCCCAUCCCGUCCAGGAUGGCGACGAACAUCUCUUAUGCAGCACGUCUGCCUCUCGGCGCUGACAUGCCCGGGUAAUCGAUGAGAGCCACCGCUUUCCAUCACAUCUCACAUUCCUUCUCCCAUACAUUGCACCCAUACAUUACAUGCAUUCAUGCAUUCAUGCAUCAUACCUCAUACAUUCAUACAUACACAUGAGCAUCGUGUUUUGACAGUACCGCGACGUCGGUUUAUAGAUGCAUGGACCUCUAAGCUUCUCCGUUGGAAAGCUCGAGUCAGAGUCCUUUACUCUCGCCUGAUGCAUUCAGGGGGAGUGUUCCCGUGGAGGAGCACCCUUCGCCCGACCCUGUUGAGAAGGGGGGUGCCUCACCGGCAGAUUACGUUCAGGAGUGCAGACACUCACUCAUAUAUUAUGAUUAUGUGAAGACACAGUUUCCAGCAAGACAGAGGAAGAGCGCAGGCAGAGUAUAUUUUCUCGAGCAGAUUCGCGAGCUCACUACUCAAGAAACUGGGGGACUUGUGUUGGGAUAUAUUAUCCCGGCCUAUUACUGUUCAGGAGUCCAAGGCUUUACGUAGUACGGAGCCCGAGCAGCUAGGCCCAUUUCGGCCCAUCCGGCCCACUUUAGCCAUUUGGGCCCACUCCGGCCCAUGCGGCCCAUUAGGGUGGAGAGCAUCCCCUUCCCCUAUUCUCUAUAAAUAUGGGAGUUUCCCUCCAUAUUAGGGAUCCCUUCCUUCUUCCUUCUUCCUUCUUCCUGUAGAAUAGCUCAAAUACUCCAUUAAUGGGAGCUUGUACAAUGUAACGGUGAGGAGAGUCCUAAUGAGAAAGAGGGGGCUUGGACAUUAGCCUAAAAAGUCCCGUGGUUUUCUCCCUUUCGGGUUUCCACGUAAAAACUGAGUGUUCAUACAUAUAUUUACUAUAUCGUGUUGGAUUAAACUCAACAUACGAAGAACAGUCCAAAUAUAUACUCCCUAUUUAUGAAUCUGUAAAAGAAACUAAAAUAAUUAAUAUAUGUAAGAAGAGUAAGAAAUAAAUUUUAGGAUGUUAUCGAUUUUGUCAAUUUGAAGUCUUUGCUGGGUGAAAUACGUAGUCAAUCGCCUCUAGCGUCUAUGUUUACAAACUUAGAAUAUGGGUGAUUACCAAACGUUUUGCACUUUGGAAAUAAUGUACUUAAAUAAUAUGGCGUGUAUUUUAAAUACAUUAAAAUGAAUUGACAACAGAAUAGUGUGAGAAGAUAUAGCUAUGCAUGUGCAUUUUUAUAAGUUUUAACGUUUCAGCAAAUUUGGGUUUAAAAUAAAAUUAAGGGAGACUAAUAAACACUCAGUGAAGGGAUUGAUCCUAUGGCACUUUUUCAAUUUUUGAAUAGAUAAAUACGGACUAUUAUUGUAAAUAUUAAUUUUGAAGGACCUUCCAUUUAAAGGUUCAAACAAUCAAAUACUCUUACCAACUUUUACCCAAAAAAAAAAUACUCUUACCAACAACGUAACAAACCUUUUAGCCUUUUACCCCUUCAAGCUUAUUACAUGUUAUAAGUUUAAAAGUAUUUCUUAAUCAUAACAAUUUCCCAAAUCUUCCCCUUUUUGUAUUUAGGGGUGCUAUCUUUUGUAAUACUUACAUUUAAAUCAGUAUUAAAAAAAUUAAAUUUUGUACAAAUAUCUUUCUAUAUAAUAAUAUAGCUAUAUAUGCUAAGAAAACAAACCCAAAUUAAAUUAAUCAAGCCCUCUACUAUAUAUUAUUGAUAACACACACUACUCACUCAUAAGUCAUAACACAUACGAAGUAUUACUCUUUCAUAAGCCGUACUCCGUCGUGAUUACACCUACCAUGUUAACACAUACUCUGCCGUAAUUUUUUGUGUGGUUGUACAGUUCGAUAAAAAUAAGUACCCAUAUAUAUUAGGUGAUAUAUAUUUAUUAACUUCACAAAUCUUCUACUAUUAAGAGAAAAUGCAUUUAAAUCAGUAUAGGGACGUAAUAGUUUCUUUUAUAAUUUUUUCAUCACAAAUCACAGAUUUGUUGCCUUCUAAACUUAUUGCAUGUUUUUCGUUCUUAGAAUGCCAAUUUGGAUGUAUAUCUGAAUUUUAUUUAGAAGGUGGGUAUUGAUGUUUUUUUUUCUAUGCAAAAACUGCAAACGUAAUUUCUUUGAAUGGUUUCCGUUUUAUAAAUUUCUCUGCAAAUGCCCAUCUUCAACAAACUUCUCUGACCAGUAUCUGGGCUUGUAUUGUUCUUGCCUGAAAAAACAUAUGAAAAAUUAUAUCAAUUCGGAGGAACAAUAGAUCUAUGCAAAAAUAUAUUUUGUAUAUGCAUUCUUGACUAUUGAGAAAUUACAGAGUUUACACUUACUCUGCAGUUUCUGCUGAUUUGUGAGAAACAUUUCGCCACAAAUAAGAGGUAUUUAUAGUCAUACUGUGAAUGUUGCAGGGGCAAGUGAGGAGCAAGUGCAGCCAGCUGGUUUCCAUACAACUGAAUACCUUGUCAGGGAACAAUUGGUAUAUAUUUUUUGACUAAUAAGAAGACGUUCACAUGUCCGACCUAUGUACUGGGAACAGUGCCCACCUCUGAUUUAGCCAAUAAGAACACAGCCAGUAUUUUCACCAAAAAUACUUCCGACCCAACCAUUUUAAGUCUACAGUCCCCACCUCACUUUUGACCAAUAAGAACACACCAACCAACCAUUUUAAUACUGCAUGCCGAUUGUAUACAUAUGUGAGCAAUCCCAACCUUUUUUUGGACCAAUUGUAAGACACCAAAUAUUAGUAGAGCUGCCCACCCGGUUGAACCAAUAGGAGCAUUGUACUUUAAUAAACUCUCACCAACUACCAAUCUUAACCACACAAAAGAAAUUUGAUAUUUUUAAUUUAUUUUUGCAUUUAAUUUUUGAUGAACAAAAAACCACCAAAGCAUGAUGUUGACACUUUUGAGGGGGAAAACCAAUUCACAAAAAACUGUCUCUUUAUAUAUUAAUAGAUGUCUAAUUUCUUAAAGUAUAUGAUAGUCCGUAUUUGAUAGUUUGAUAUACAAUACAUGAUAAAUUUGAGCUUUGAAGCGGAGAACAAUGUCUUAGGAAUUGCACUUUUGAACAAUGUCUUAUAGGUUUAUUAACUUCUUGGUGUUUCGCAAUUGGAUAGUUGUUUGUCAUUGUUGGAAAAAUGUGUGAAAAAUUGCAUUAAAUGGCUAUUUUGGGGCAAUUUUUUGAGUGGG